GGAGGGGAGUCGUCUGCCUUCCGCUUCUCGGCUGGAUUGACACACAAUGAGGAGCCGAGGCAGGGUAGACGCUCCAAAAACGCCGCUGUAAAUAAAUACAACAACCACUGAGGCCAGAGAAAACAUGGAGAAUCAGUGCACGGUGCAGGUGAAGCUGGAGUUGGGCCACAGAGCUCAGCUAAGGAAGAAAGUAACAUCAGAGGGUUUCACCCACGACUGGAUGGUUUUUGUCCGAGGGCCAGAGAAUGGCGACAUCCAGCACUUUGUAGACAAGGUUGUCUUCCGCCUCCAUGAGAGCUUCCCUAAACCCAAGAGAGUAUGUAAGGAGCCUCCGUACAAAGUGGAGGAGUCAGGCUACGCAGGUUUCCUCAUGCUUAUUGAGGUUUACUUCAAAAACAAGGAGGAGCCAAAAAAGGUGUGUUUCAACUACGACCUCUUCCUGAAUUUGGAGGGAAACCCUCCUGUCAACCACCUUCGCUGCGAGAAGCUCACCUUCAACAACCCCACCAAAGAUUUCAGGAAAAAGCUGAUCAAAGCUGGAGGGGUGAGGCCGCUCAACAAAGUAGACGCCACUUUCAGCAGAAUGUUCAGGCAAAAAGUAGUUGUGGUAGUAGCAACCGACGGGGUAUUGGUGGUUCCAGAGGUGGCUGAAGCAGUGUCGAGGCCCAGUCCAGACUACCCAAUCCUCCCCACCAUCCCCCUCUCAGCCUUCUCAGAUCCCAAGAAGACCAAGACCUCUCAUGUGUCAAAGGAACCCAGCAAAGAAGGAGGAGGUGGCGGCAGCAGCAAAGGGGUCAAACCGCACAAAAUGACCAAGGAGCACCGUGAAAGACCCCGAAAAGACUCUGAGAGCAAAGCCACAUCAAAGGGGGACAACGACAGAGACGGAAGCAGCAAGAGCGGACGUGACUCUUCCUCGUCCUCGUCUUCGAAAAAGCCAUCAGAGAUCAAAGUGAAGGAUGACGUCAAGGUCCUACCCAAGGCAGCCUUCAAGGAGCCCAAGCUCACUCUGAAGGAGUCAAAGAUGGAGGGCAUGUCCCCGAAAGGAGGGGGGGCUGGGAGCGGUGGGGGCGGCGGUGGAGGAGGAGGAGGAGGAGGGGGUCCGGCAGAAUCCAAAGCCCCUGGCAAAAGACCCUCCACUGUGGAGUCUCCCAAACCUAGUGCCAAGAAGCAGAAAAAGGGCGGCUCUGAGGGGCCAAAAGGCCAGGCUGGUAGUUCUUUCACUGGUUCUCCUCGCGUAUCCUCGUCAUCUGCUACUAGCCAGCCCUACGCAGACAAGAAACACUCCAAGGAAAAAGGUCGCUGGGCCAAAGGCAAAAAUGACACACAGGAUUUGAAGGAGCCCAAAAAACUUCCAGAGUCUGAGGAGUCAAAUUCAGAGGAUGAAGCCUCUUCAAAGUCUGAGCAGUCGGCACCUUCCAGUCCUUCGAAUUCGAGUUCCAGCUCAGACUCCAGCUCGGACUCAGACUUUGAGCCGGGACAGAAACCCGGACAAGGUCCCUUACGGUCCAUGGUGGAGGAAAUCCAGUCAGAGGAGUCGGAUGAUGACGACAGCAGCUCGGAGGAGGAGACCCCUGUUAAGACGAACCCCCCCAACCGCGACUCUCGACUUAGCCUGGACAGCGAGAGUGACAGCAGUGACGGCUCGCACCGCCCCAGUCGAGACCCCGCACCGCCCCCACAGAAACACAGCUCCUCCAAUAACAAAGUGUCGGGCAGAAAGAGUCCAGACUCUUCAUUCCGUUCCGAUAAAGUGUUGAAGAAGGGAUACGACAAGGUAGGAAGGGCCUACACGGAAGAAUUAGUUGACCUCCAUCGCAGACUGAUGGCUUUAAGGGAACGUAAUGUCCUACAGCAGAUUGUCAACCUGAUUGAGGAGACGGGCCACUUCAACGUCACCAACACCACCUUUGACUUUGACCUCUUUUCCCUGGACGAGUCCACCGUCCGUAAACUACAGAGCUACCUGGAGGCGACGGCCACGUGACAGCAAGUGGGCGUGGACGACGGAAGAAGGUCGCCGCCGCUUCUCCUCGAGGAGACCAGAAGGCCAGACUGAAUCACUGAACAAAACCACACACACACACACACGCGCGCAGGAACAAUAAAAAGCACACACACAUGAAGAUGAUGCUGCACCUUCACGUGACGCCGGCAGAGGAGGAGCAGUAAACUGGAGGAAGAGGAGGACGACUUGAACGACGGGGUUGAAGAGCGAAGCGCCGCAGGAAGUAAACUCCCAUCAUCAUCAAGAUUUGUCUCCCCACGUCUUUUGGAAGCGAAGACCUGUGGAAUGCACCUCAUUUACUCCCUAUUGACACUCGUGUUGCUCCCCUUUUCACCGAGCCCCCAUUCACACGCCUUACUGGGCGGCAGAUCACUCCACCCUCCCCCCCAUCUUCACACUGUACACGUGUCCUACACGUGUCUUUGAUGACACGUCUCAGUUGUCCCCACAUCGGAACACAUGUUUAAUUUUUUUUUUUUUUUUUUUUCCCCCUCUUGCACUGAAAGCUGAGCUGUGACCUCCCGCCGGCCGCCCUCCUCCUCUUCCCCCACUAACUCCAUCCCAUCUUCUGCACCCUCCCAUGUCGGCGUGCACCAAAGGGCUCCACUGCUGGCCGCCUGCGCUCUCCUGAAUUGCCUUCCGGUGGCGUUCAAAAGGUGGGCUGGGUUUUUAAAACAAACAAAAAAAAAAAAGUAGCCAUACUCGUCUCCCGGGAAUCCAAAAAAAAUAAGGAAAAGUAGGGGCCACGCUUUUCCCCUCCCCCCUCCCCCCUUUUUUUACAUUUUAUUUUUCUACAAGUGCAUUUGUGUUUCUACUCCCAGAUUUGCGGUUAAAUGACCCCGUGAGCUAUGAAUGUAUAUGGCUUUUAUUUUUCUACGCCCAGCAACAAGCCCACUCUAGUGCCUUUUCUGCAGCGUGAGGUGGGUGUUCCACGUCCCCUGCUCCGCUUUGGAUGGGCUGCCUGGAAUAUCCAGUAUUGUCUUAAUGGCUUCCUUUUUUCUUCCUCAGUGUCCUUGUAGGCUGUCGACCCUCCCACGUAGCGUCCUUUCUUGUCGCCAUCCCCUGUAGAAGCUGUAGAAUGUUUUAAAUGGUGAUCACUUGCUUUCUGCCUGCUAGAUCGGUGUUUUUUUUUUUAUCAAUAUGAAUUAGCUGUUGUUUUGGGCUGCUGUGUGACAUACGUGUUAAGUCGUCGUAACGUCAAUAAUAUUGCUCUUAAACUCAAGUGAGUGUGACGACUUAAACCGGUUUCAUAAAGCCAACCUAAAGCUUCAGUCACCAGUGUUAUGGUUGUGGAAAUACGGCAAAGGAUGUGAGAGAUAACGUAGUCGCACUCAGGUCACAUAAACAUCGAGUUAGUCUCCGCACUUUUCACUUUUCAUCACAAUUAACUAGUCAACUAAUGAUCUAACUAAUCAAGAGGAACUCCCUAUUUCAAAAUAUUUGUUUACAGUAAAUAGGUUCCCAAAAUAUCCCACAAAAAGUGAAAACUAUGAAGUAGCCAACUAUGUUUUUUUUUUUAGCAUUAUCAUUAUAUAUGUUUUAAGGCGGGCGGCACGGUGGAUGAGUGGUUAGCGCGCAGACCUCACAGCUAGGAGACCAAGGGUUUGAUUCCACCCUCGGCCAUCUCUGUGCGUGGGUUUUCUCCGGGUACUCCGGUUUCCUCCCACAUUCCAAAAACAUGCUAGGUUAAUUAGCGACUCCAAAUUGUCCAUAGGUAUGAAUGUGAGUGUGAAUGGUUGUUUGUCUAUAUGUGCCCUGUGAUUGGCUGGCCACCAGUCCAGAGUGUACCCCGCCUCUCGCCCGAAGACAGCUGGGAUAGGCUCCAGCACCCCCGCGACCCUCGUGAGGAAAAAGCGGUAGAAAAGGAAUGAAUGAAUGAAUUAUAUAUGUUUUAAGGCGGGCGGCACGGUGGACGAGUGGUUAGCGCGCAGGCCUCACAGCUAGGAGACCAGGGUUUGAUUCCACCCUCGGCCAUCUCUGUGCGUGGGUUUUCUCCGGGUACUCCGGUUUCCUCCCACAUUCCAAAAACAUGCUAGGUUAAUUAGCGACUCCAAAUUGUCCAUAGGUAUGAAUGUGAGUGUGAAUGGUUGUUUGUCUAUAUGUGCCCUGUGAUUGGCUGGCCACCAGUCCAGGGUGUACCCCGCCUCUCGCCCAAAGACAGCUGGGAUAGGCCCCAGCACCCCCACAACAGUAUCACUCGGAUACUGCGAACAUCCAGCAGCAACACAACAUUUUGGCAUGACUACUAUUUUUAUGAAAAAUAUACUGAACCAGGGCUGCACAGCGGCCGGGUGGUUAGCACACAGGCUUCACAGCUAGGAGACCUGAGUUCAAUUCCAUCGUCGGCCAUCUCUGUGUGGAGUUUGCAUGUUCUCCCCGUGCAUGCGUGGGUUUUCUCCGGGUACUCCGGUUUCCUCCCACAUUCCAAAAACAUGCUAGGUUAAUUAGCGACUCCAAAUUGUCCAUAGGUAUGAAUGUGAGUGUGAAUGGUUGUUUGUCUAUAUGUGCCCUGUGAUUGGCUGGCUGGUAGAAAAUUAAUGAAUUAAUGUUUUAAGGCUGCAAAGCACCUCACCUUACACUUAAGUCCAACCUUCUGUGCGAUGGUUAGCAUCAUGCUAACACACGGAGAUCAAAGUCUCUGUACGCUCUUUGCUAGCGAUCAGACAACAGUAAAUAUGGCAGAUCGACAGAAAGGUGAUUGAUUGAUUGAUAGACAAUGGGCGGGUUCUCCUGUUGUUUAAAAAAAAAAAAGACUAAAAUUGCACUUAAAAAGCCCACAAAACAAUUAGUCUGUGAAAGGACUGCCCAUGAGUAUGAGUAUUUUUAAAAACACUUAUAUUUUUUAUGCGUUUCGGCUUAUCUUUUACACUCAAAUGUUUGUUUUAGUUCCCAAAAUGGGACAUUUGUGUGCGGACAUGUUUCAUUUGUUUUGUUUAAUAUUUUUUCAAGCAGAUAUUGAUUACUUCCUGGUUUUCAAGACCAAUCACUAAUCUUUUUAUACCUGUUAUUUUCCCAAAUGUAACUUUCAAAGUAAAAGUAAGAAGGACUCAAACAAAGUCUACCUGUAGGUUUGUCCUCACCAAAUAUCAUGGCAAGGGAUGUCUGAUAUUGGCUUUUUUUUUUUCAGAAAACCGAAAAAACUGUCCAAGUCUCAAUGCUGAUAUCAGGCCGUUAUUUAAUUAUCGGACAUCCUUAAUCAUCCCUCUUAACAAAACAAAAGCUCAUAAGUAUAAAACGUGUCUCCAAGGGGUUUUUACUAGCGUACCUAAGCUGCUAUCCAAUCCGAACGAUUGUAAAGAUCAGCUGGCCAUCCUUGGGGUCGUCUCAAUUGCCGCAGCAAUAGGAACAAGCCCGGGGCCCCUUUUAUGGGCCAUUUGAAAAAUAACGUAGACAUCAUUUUACAUGUAAUAUCUCACUAUGCUAAUGAACAUAGGAGGCGCUUUUUCAGGGUUCUGAUUCUCCAAAACGGACAUGUUAGCUUUUGGGUGUGUUUUUAAUGUGAAAAAAUUUGGAAAAAUUGACAAUAAAUACCAAAUUUAUAUUCUUAUUUAAAAGUAGGCAGGCAGGUUAUUUAAUAAAUCCCAGUUAGAUAAACGCUCUGAUCAUUUAACAGUGUUGCCGCACGGUUAAAUAUCUGAAAUCAGUAUAAAAAAUAUUAAAUAUUUCUAUAAAUGUCAAAAAAUUUGGAUAAGCGCACAACUGGUUCGCAGUCUAAUCAGGAAUUGAAUCACCGUCAUCAUUUUGUUCCUCAUUUUAAGUAACAUAUCUCUGAUUUUAGGACCAAAAUAAGCAUGGUUAGAAGAAAAUAUUAGUGAAUAAUAAUAAUAAUAAUGACUUCCUGUGUGUUUUGUGCUGUGUCAUUCAACGCAUUUUGAAGUGAUGCUUUUUGAGACCGGUUUCUGUGCACGACUCACACAGCAGCCCGCCAUGGUACACACACACACACACACAUACACACACACACACACACACACACACACACACUUUCAAGGAACGAGCCCUCUGCCUUUUGUGUAUUUAUUCUGACGUUUAUGUUAGCUUUAAUACAUUUGUACGCUGUCCCCUUUGUAAACGCUGUGUGAGGACAAUGAUUUCAACACACACACACACAUAUACACACACACAUAUACACACACCUGGAGUCGCACCCGGACCUGCCACCUCGGUGUGCCUCUUUUGUCAACGCAACCUCUCACUCCCUCUUGUUUAUCUGCUCAGCAGACAAGAAACCAAGCGUGUACGUCCUAGUUCAUGAACUCUGACCUUGUGACCUUUGUACUCAUUUAGCCGGUUGUGGCGGUGAGUUGGGUCAUUGAAGGGGUGGGGGCGAUGAGGGGAGGGGGGGACACCCAAAAGAAGCCCACUGUCUACCCACAUGUUUUAUUUAUGGACCUCUGCACUUUUGGCUGUGAUGACUUCAGUACUUAAUGGUUACCUAAAACUGUAUUUUUAAGGAUUUUAUACAAUAUCUACAUGCAAUAUAUUAUUAGGUUUUUUUUGCCAACUUUUAUUUAAUUUUCUUGUAUUUUGGCAUGUUUCGUCACCCGUAAACAAGCUAUUUUUCAGGCCUAAACUGUUUUGGGGUGGGGCGGUACGGUGGUUUAGUGGUUAGCGCCCUCACAGCUAGGAGACCAGGGUUCAAUUCCACCCUCGGCCAUCUCUGUGUGGAGUUUGCAUGUUCUCGCCGUGCAUUGCAGGGUUUCCUCCCACAUUCCAAAAAAAACCAUGCUAGGUUAAUUAGCGACUCCAAAUUGUCCAUAGGUAUGAAUGUGAGUGUGAAUGGUUGUUUGUCUAUAUGUGCCCUGUGAUUGGCUGGCCACCAGUCCAGGGUGUACCCUGCCUCACGCCCAAAGACAGCUGGGAUAGGCUCCAGCACCCCCACGACAGUAUCACUCGGAUACUGUGAACAUCCAGCAGCAACACAACAUUUUGGCAUGACUACUAUUUUGAUGAAAAAUAUACUGAACCAGGGCUGCAAGGCGGCCGGGUGGCUAGCACACAGACCUCACAGCUGGGAGACCAGGGUUCAAUUCCACCCUCGGAACCAUCUCUGUGUGGAGUUUGCAUGUUCUCCCCGUGCAUGCGUGGGUUUUUUCCCGGGUACUCCGGUUUCCUCCCACAUUCCAAAAAAAACAUGCUAGGUUAAUUAGCGACUCCAAAUUGUCCAUAGGUAUGAAUGUGAGUGUGAAUGGUUGUUUGUCUAUAUGUGCCCUGUGAUUGGCUGGCGACCAGUCCGGGGUGUACCCCGCCUCUCGCCCGAAGACAGCUGGGAUAGGCUCCAGCACCCCCGCGACCCCCGUGAGGAAAAAGAUGGUAGAAAAUGAAUGAAUGAAUGAAACUGUUUGGGUUCUGUUGUUUCCUGUAUGUUUUUUUUCCCAUAUGUGAUGACAGCUGAGCACCACCGAGAAGCAGGUGUCGCAGAUGUUUUGCUGGAUGACCUUAACAUAAUCACUGUCUGCCUCCAGUCACAAUAACUGGACCAGAGCGAGGACGCCACACUUUUGUUCAGGGAGCUGUUAAGCUAAAAACAGAAGAAAAAAAAACAAACAAACAGUAAUUUUGUUUUCCUUUGCUUUCCUCCCUCGGCCCAAACGCAGUCGAUGCAUCAUAGGAAAGUGUGCAGCUUUACAAUACAAAGAAAAAGCAAAAAAAAAAACUUGAGAGUCCAAAUGUAGACGGGGGAAGGGGGGCAGGGUGUGUCUGUGACAAGGAGACAGGGUUGCCUGUAUUUAUAAAGGGUCUUUUUUUUUUUUUUUUUCUUUUCACUGGGGUGUGACUAAGUGGCAUCGUCAAUAUGCCGUCAACGCUACAAACCAACUAGAGUUGACUCUGUUUUGGUAUUUUUAAACGAAAAAACUCGGCAUUGGAAUGCCACCAUGUGGCCAUAUGAUGCAAGUUGUUAACAUGGAUGAAACAUGUUAUUUUAAUGUUGUUUUUUUUUUAUUAUUAUUUGGAAAGCAUAUUAUUAAUAAAGUCAUGAAGUACUGUU